AUGAAACUAUUUUUGAAGAAAUUUGCUAAUUUAGCAUAGAUCAAUAACAAUAUUCAGAAUGGAUUUCCAAUAAGAAAUCUGUUCCAUUAAUUAAUAAAGAAUGUCCAAAAGAUCCUUUUGAUUUAGAGAUUGAAAGAAUUAAACAUGAAGCUUAAUUAGUUGAAGAAUAAUAAAAAGCUUAAGAAAAAGUUCUUUCAGCUGAAAAAAAUAAAAAAGGAGCUUAAAAAAGAAGCUAAGAAAAGUGAAGCUGAAUUAGAGGCUGAAAAAAAUAGAUAAAAUGAAUUACGUAAAUAAUAAAUUUAAGAUGCUAUUAAUAAAUAAUAGAAUAAGAAAAGAAAAAUUACAUCUUUAAUAUUACAAAAGAUAAUUAGCAGAUGUUCAAUUAUAGAAGGUUGGACAUGGAAUUCUAUUAGAAUGUUUAUUAGAUUAAUUAUAAAUUGAAUCUACAUAUUUAACAAACUCUUAGAUUCCUCCUUGUUGAGAAGUUUAGGAAGAUGCAGAUAAAGUUAACAAAAUAUUAAAAAAUCUUAAAGGUUAAUCAAAUGAAUAUAUUAAGAGCAUACUUUGCAUAAUUACAUGAUCAACAAUCCAUAAUAGAAAGAGAACAUAAAAUAUUUGAUAAUUUAUGUUAUCCAGGGAUUGAUAGAUAAGGAUUGCAAGAAAUUCCAGAAAAAUCAGAGAAAUUAAGAAAAGCUAACAAAUCUAAAUUAUAUCCAUUUGUAAAUGUAGAUGUUAAUGAAUUUGAAAGGAGAUAAUUGUUAUUGUAAUUUGAAGAAUUGUUCAAAGAAAAAGAAUGGCAUUUUGGUGAUAUAAUAUAUAUGGAGAGACAUAAUAGAAAUACAUUAAGAUAGAAAUUCUAUAAAGCUUUAUUGUAUGAUCCAUAAGUUAUUACUAAAUAUUUACAAGAUGAUGAUGCUCUUAUGAUUUAUAAACCCUUCCUUGAAGAACUUUAAGGGAAAAAUGGUCAGCUGGAUGGGGAGUUUUACCAAAUCUUGAAUAUUAUAUAUAAGUUAGGAAUUUCAAUAGUGAUUUCUUUUAUGAUAUAGAUUAUUAAAAUAUUGGAGCUAUUACUGAAAGAUGUAAAAUUAUAUAUCCCACAUAUAAUUCCUUAAUUUUGGCCACUAAAUUUACAGUUGGUGAAAAAGAACGUCUUAGAUAUAGAGUUAUUAAGGAGAAUGUAAGUUAAUUUCUUAUCUUGAAAAAUAAGAAGUACCAGAUUCAAAAUCAUAUUAAACUAAUAGAGUUCAUAUUUUUUAUACAUAAGAUGGAUGGGUUUGUAAAUGUAUAGCAGAUGGAGAAGUUGUUAUUAUUACUGCAGAAGAGAGAGUUAAAUUAAAUAACUAAGGUGAAAAAAGAUAAUUUGGAUAUAAAUGUUUUCACCUUCAGAUCAUAGAAAAUCUGGUGUGUAUACUAUUGAUUUAAAUAGAAAAUGUAUUUUUACUAAAGAUGAUGAAUAAAAUUACUUUGAAAUUGAUGAAGAUGGUAAUGUUAUUACUAAAUUAUCUGCUGCAUAAACUUAAAAUUUAGAACCAUAAACUCCUGAUUAAAUUCCA